CGACAGCGUCCAGUCUUCCGAUCUGCCGGCGCCUUCCCCUCUCUCUUGUACCUCGCGCUCGACUCCGUUCCGCUCGACAACCGCGACAUACUGUGCCUUCAGAACCUCCCCGUAUUGACGACCCUCGAACUGUCUUCAACUGGAAUCGGAAAUGAAGCCGUGUUCCUCCUUGUAGCUCUGAAACCGACGCUGUCGCAGCUCUACCUCAACCAGAACCCAGCGAUAGACGACGACGCGAUCCCUGCGCUCAUCAUCCUCGACAGGCUCUCGGUAGCGGCCCUCUCCGGGACCAGCGUCACGAUGGACGGCCUGCGCCGCCUCGCGGCAGCGGCGCUAGCGCGAGAGCAGGAUCUGUGCCUCACCGUCCCGGACGAAUGCACGCAAUACCUCAUCGACAUGCCGGCGAAGUACGUCGUCGAUCCGGAGGCACCGCUGAUCACGGACCCGGCUACGUGCGCGCAUCUGACGCUCACGGCGCUCCGGAAGAACCUGGCGGCGCACGCGGCCGUGAACGCGGAGAUCGCGACGGCGGGGACGCGCGCGGAGCUGCGCAGGGCGCUGCAGACGGUGCUGGAGACGCGCAGGCGGGACCUGAUGGUGAAAAGUUUGGUGUGCAGAGACGAUUAUGAUGGCGAGGGCGAGGGCGAGGGCCAGGAGGGUGAUCGCGAUGGCUCGGGGAUGUGA